UUCGACAUAAGGUUGAGGAUAGUAGUGCUAUAAACUUCCUUAUCUUUCACCUCUGUCCUCUAUUUGCGGUGAACUUAUAGUAUGUGUUUGAAGUAGAAUAUUUUUGAAAAUGAGGUUUUUAUCGAGCUCCCUUAUAUUUUUUAUUACAAUCUGUGGCGUACAGUGUGACGAGUAUGGGAUAGACAUUACUGCCAGGCUUAGAGCUCUAGAGAGUAAAAUUGAAAGCCAAGCCACACAGAUUAAUGACUUACGGGAAACCGUUUCAGCACAGAAACAGAUGAUCGAAGGUCUGACUGAAAAAGUUGCCUCACAGGACAACGACAAUCGGAAAAUGAUACAUGAGAAAAAACGAUUUGUGUUGGACACCGUCGAGACAGUUGCGUUCGAAGCUACAAUCGCAGCAGCAAAAUACGUACAGCACACACAUGUACAUGACAGGAUAAUGUUCGAUUCCGUGUCUCUGAAUGUUGGUAACGGCUCGUUCGUCGCACCAAUGGGUGGCAUUUAUAUUUUCUCUACGUCAGUGAUGAUGCAUGGUGCGAAUACCCAGGAUCUCAACAUGCACGUUAUAAUCAAGAAAAAUGACGUCGAAAUUGCAGGGGCAUGGGCUCUAAACCAAGGUGCAUUCGAGCACAGUUCUGUUACCGCCGCAAUGGACCUGCUGCAAGGGGACACAGUGUUUGUCAGUGUAGAACGGCAUGACGAUAUUACGUUCUAUGGAGAUAGGCUCUCCAGUUUCACGGAGAAUCGUGCAACAUUUUCAAGAUAUGUCACUAUGAGUAGAAUAAGUGGAUCUGUUGUGAUCAACAGUUUUGAAAGCCACACUAAGAACCAGUCACUUACCAAGUUGUACAUGAUGAUUCUUAACAUACAACAAAUUUUAGAUAUGAAGACUGGAGCUGAUGUCACGACCUUAGUAGCAGUUCAAUCCACUUGCCCAGAAGAGAGCAGGAACGGAUAG